UAUUGAAUGUAAAUAAACCAACAGCUGUUUUCGGUGCAAAAAAAGUAAAAAGGGAAAUAUUUUUUAUGACAUAACCCCUAACUUCGAGAAAAUUGCUAGCAAAACACGACAAAAAUGUUAAGGAAGCUAAGUCCGCUUGUGCUGCGUCUGCUAUCCAGUACUGCACCUGCCACAUUGAAUAUAGCUACAGCCACAACCCGCCACUACAGCGAUGGACGUAGUGUCUAUGAGCCGGAUUAUUUGGAGUCACUAAAACCCAAAUUCCCACAAUAUUCCUGUCUUGACGUACAAAUUAAAGGUUAUGAUUAUCCAAUUCUUGAAAGCUACCAGCGCUACUUGCAUAGCAUUGCGGAAUACCUGGAUAUCGAUGUAUCCGAUUGCUACGCUUUGCCACCACAAACAACCAAAGUGCAAAGGCUGCGACCAAACUCGGCUAUAGUAGAUGCUGAAUACAGAUUGACUGUUUACGAACGUAAUCUGCAAAUUAACGAUGUAAAUGCACCUAUAUAUCCUGUAUUCUUGCGCAUAGCACAAGCAGCGCUACCAGCAGGUGUGCAGCUAAGUGUCCAAGAACACUCCGAAGAAUUGGAGGAGCGUCGCUAUGUGCCUGAUCGUGAUUUGCUCGAUCUGAAAGCAGAGUUGGGACGCAUGCAAACUGGCAACAUGGGUGGCCCAAAAAAGAAAUAAAGCGAUUGUCUUUUAAUUGUACACAGAGGGUACAAUUUGAACGUACAUACUUGUGUGCAUACAUUUAUUUCUUGCGGUUAACUUACAUUAUUUCAAAUGAAUAAAAAUACAAUAUUCAACUUAAUAUUAAA